UACCAAUAAGUAAUAAAUAGCUAAUUCGGAACUUAUGUAGAAGUUAUCCGUACAUUGUAGACCCUUAGCAUAAACCGAUACAUUAUUUAAUGUUUAUAAAAUAAUUAUAAAAGCAAUUACAUCAUUAUACUCGUGGGUCUAGGUCUGGGUCAUAUGAAUUUAGUUUGAUGCAAAUGUAAUCUUUUGUUGCCCACUCAAUUUUAUCCACAUUCGCGCCAGGUCUUUAGGAUAUAUUAUCGCCAUGUAUUUAUUAUAUAUAAAAGUUUUCAUAUAAUAAUUUUAUCCUAUUUGUGCAAGAAAGUAGUGAUUGCUUGAGUUUCUAAUAUUUCAGUUAAUACAUACAUUACAACAUUUUAGUAUGGCUUAUAAACCAUUAUUUCUGUUAUUAACAUAUGCAAGUGUAUUCGUGGCUCAUCGAGUCCUAGUUUUCUUCCCGUUGCCUUCAAAAAGUCACAGUCUCCUUGGAUAUGCGAUCGUUGAUAAUCUUCUGGCGGCUGGGCAUGAAGUUGUACAUAUAACGUCUUUUCCAAGAAAUCAAGUUCGUAGUGAAAACUUUACGUUGGACAUCGAUGUUUCGGAAAUUGGUAUACGGCUGAAAUCUGCUGCACUAAAUGAUGAGGAUGGCUUUACCAUCAAGGACCUUGUAGGACAAAAAAUAGAUCUUGUUUUCGUCAUGUCUUUUGUGCUUGAAGUUCAUAAACAAGUUCUACAUAAUUCAAACGUUAAAGCGCUAUUUAGUGAUUCGAAGCAAAAGUUUGAUGCUGUAAUAGUUGAAUGGGGCUAUUCUAACUUUGUAGCUGGCAUUGCAUCCAUAUUUGAGAGUCCACUAAUCUGGUGUUCAACAACUGAAGCGUACUGGCAAUCACUGGAACUAAUCGACGAAUUACCUUGCCCAGCGUACCACGCCGAUUUGUUCUCCCACAAUCAUACACCUUUUACUUUCUGGCAGAGGUUUAGAGAGCUCGCUGUUAUUAUUCAGCGCAAGAUAUUGGCUGGCAUUUACGUGACUCCAAAUGAAAAGAUUGCUUAUUACUCAAUAUUUUCGGCGUAUGCUGAAAAACGGGAAGUGACUCUGCCGUCAUAUGUAGACGCGAUCUAUAAUGGUUCCUUUAUGCUAAUAAAUUCACACCCAACAGUUGGGACCGCCUUUAGAUUGCCGCAAAACGCCAAAUAUGUAGCCGGAUUUCACAUUAAACCUGAAGUUGAACCUUUACCCAAGGAUAUUCAAAAAAUAAUGGAUGAAGCUAAAAAUGGUGUGAUAUACUAUAGCAUGGGUUCAAGUCUUAAAAGUAUUGGUAUGAGUAAAAAUAUGCAGAGUUCCCUUGCAGAAAUGUUGGCCAAAUUAAAUGAAACGAUCAUUUGGAAAUUCGAAAAUGAUUUGUAUUAUUUUUCUGAAAAUGUACAUUUUGUGAAAUGGGCGCCACAACAUAGUAUUUUAGCGCACCCAAACCUGAAAUUCUUCAUUACUCAUGGAGGACAGCUAUCAACAAUAGAAGCGCUACAUUUUGGAGUACCAGUAAUUGGUAUUCCUGUUAUGGCAGACCAGGUACAGAACAUGCACUCUAUCAGAAGUAAAGGGUUUGGCAUCACAGUGGAUUUGACGGAAGAAAACUUGGCCUCAGACUUGCUUACAGCUAUUGAGGAGAUGAAAGGGAACUCAACAUACAAAAGAAGAGCUAAAGAGUUAUCAGCAAUUUACCACAAUCGACAACAAUCUCCAGCGCAGGAACUGGUGUACUGGAUAGAGUAUGUGAUUGCCACGAGAGGUGCUCCUCAUUUAAGAUCACCAGCAUUAUUCGUACCAUUCUAUAAGAAACUUUAUCUAGAUCUCAUUGUUAUAAUCAUAGUACUACAAUUAAUUUUUGUAUCAGGUAUUAAACGAUUAAUCUCUUUGGUCAAGGAAAGAAAGAAAGAGAAGGUGACGUAAGUUGUGCAAAAGGUAUGAAAAUAGGGAUUGUACUAUAGUAAUGUAACUAAUAAACUUUUAUGGGGUUCUCUAUGUAAAUAAAGUGACUUGUAUACUGCUUGCACCUUUA